AUGGGGGAGAAGGAGAAGAAAAAGGCAGCGAAGGCAGAGGGCUUCGUCAUCCAACCCACGAGCACCGCUCCGCCCAUCGACACAAGCAAGUGGCCGCUACUUUUGAAAAACUACGACAGACUGAAUGUCCGAACAGGGCACUACACGCCUCUGCCAUUUGGAAGUAGCCCUUUGGCAAGGCCUCUUCAGCAGCAUCUGAACUAUGGAUCGCUGCUUCUUGAUAAGGCAGCAAACCCUUCAUCUCACGAGGUGGUGGCGUGGCUUAAGAAAAUCCUGCGAGUUGAGAAGACAGGCCACAGUGGAACCCUUGACCCUAAAGUCACUGGCUGCCUGCUCGUGUGCAUUAACAGAGCCACUCGUCUUGUCAAGAGUCAGCAGAGCGCCGGUAAGGAGUACGUCGCAGUUGCGCGCUUCCACUCCAAGCCGGAGAGCAAGGCCAAGGUCGCGCGAGCACUUGAGACGCUUACUGGAGCCCUGUUCCAAAGACCACCCGUGAUAUCGGCCGUCAAACGCCAGCUGCGCAUCAGGACCAUAUAUGAAUCCGAAAUUCUUUCUUAUGAUGAGGACAAACACCUGUGUGUCUUCCGCGUAUCUUGCGAAGCUGGCACCUACAUUCGUACGCUGUGCGUCCACCUGGGCCUGCUCCUAGGCACGGGCGCGCACAUGCAAGAGCUGCGCAGAGUAAGGAGCGGCAAUUUGCAGGAAGAUGGCAAUCUUGUUACGCUCCAUGAUGUACUGGAUGCAAUGUUUGUAUACGACGCAUUUAGGGACGAAACGUAUCUUAGACGAAUCAUUUUCCCCCUGGAAAUGCUGCUCGUCGGACUACCGCGAAUCGUCGUUAAGGAUUCCUGCGUCAACGCCAUCUGCUACGGCGCGAAAUUAAUGAUUCCGGGCGUUUUGCGGUUUGAAAAUAAUAUAGAGGUUAACGCAGAAGUGGUCUUGAUGACCACCAAAGGAGAGGCAAUAGCCCUGGGCAUUGCUCAAAUGUCUACUCCGGUAAUUGCAAGCGUCGACCACGGAAUUGUUGCGGCUGUUAAACGGGUCUUAAUGGAUCGCGACACAUACGCGAUGCGUUGGGGCUAUGGCCCGCGUGCUUCGGAGAAGAAGAAGAUGAUAUUAGGGGGGUUGCUGGAUAAGAAAGGCCGCCCCAACGAGAACACGCCGAAGGAGUGGCUGAAGACUGAGGGCUUCCUUCCAAAACUGACUGGCGAGCCUGAAGCUCCAGCCGAGAAUGCUGUGAAGUCGGAACGGGAGGAAGGCGCACCAGAGUGUGAGGGGGGGACUGCACAAAAUGGCGUUACAGAAAAGCCGAAGAAGAAAAAGAGACACAUAGAGGGUGAGGAUGCAGAAGACGAGGAACAGGCCGAUAAGCCUUCGAAGAAGCACAAGAAGAAGAAACAUAAAGAUGCAGAAGUGGAUGAAUAG